CUCCUCUCUCUCCAGCUGGCGGCGGGGGCUGCGCUGCCUCCCAGACCUCACGGACCUGCUCAGUCAGCUGGGGCCCCCUGCGGACGGCUGCCUCCCUCGCUGCUAGGACCUGCCACUCUGUACGGAAUGGCAGCGGCGGCAGCAUCCCCGCCAGCGGCGGUGGCGGCGGCUGUGUCCACAGCCACCACGGACGCUAUUGUUCCCUGGUGUUAGAUGCUCUUUCCCUCCUUUUCAUCUGAAGCGAACAAUAGCAGGAAAGAGCUUUGCUUUCUGUACUCCUUGGGAAGACGUUCCGAAAGGAAAGAAAAAAUUCCCUGCCGAACAAACGUGCUGCGAAUCCGGACCCUGGAGCGGCUGCGGGCAGCAUGGGGCUGCAAGCGAGGCGCUCGGUGUCCGGGAGCCGGGGCGCUGCGGAACCACGCCGGGGCGUCCUGCAGCUGCUACCGCCGCUGCCACUGCUCCUGCUGCUGCUGUGCCCGGGCGCCUGCAGGGCUGCGGCUCAGGGCGAGGCGGAGGCGCCCACCCUCUAUCUGUGGAAGACUGGUCCAUGGGGCAGAUGCAUGGGCGAUGAGUGUGGUCCAGGAGGCAUCCAAACCAGGGCUGUGUGGUGUGCUCAUGUGGAGGGCUGGACGACGUUGCAUAGCAACUGUAAGCAGGCUGGAAGACCCAGUAACCAGCAAAACUGUUUCAAAGUUUGUGACUGGCACAAAGAGUUGUACGACUGGAGACUGGGACCCUGGAAUCAGUGUCAGCCCGUAAUUUCCAAAAGCCUAGAAAAACCCCUGGAGUGUAUCAAGGGAGAAGAAGGCAUUCAGGUGAGAGAGAUAACGUGCAUCCAGAAAGACAAAGACCUGCCUGCUGAGGACAUCAUCUGUGAGUACUUUGAGCCCAAGCCUCUCCUGGAACAGGCUUGCCUCAUUCCUUGUCAGCAAGAUUGCAUCGUGUCUGAGUUCUCCCCGUGGUCCGAGUGCUCCAAGACCUGUGGCAGCGGACUCCAGCAUCGGACACGGCAUGUUGUGGCGCCCCCACAGUUUGGAGGUUCUGGCUGUCCAAACCUGACGGAAUUCCAGGUGUGCCAGUCCAGCCCUUGCGAGGUGGAGGAGAGCAUGUACAGCUUGCAGGUGGGGCCCUGGAGCGCGUGCUCCAUGCCGCACUCCAGACAAGUGAGACAGGCAAGGAGACGUGGAAAGAAUAAAGAUCGGGAAAAGGACCGAGGCAAAGGAGUAAAGGAUCCUGAAGCCCGGGAACUUAUCAAGAAAAAGAGAAAUCGGAACAGACAGAACCGACAAGAGAAUAAAUAUUGGGACAUCCAGAUUGGAUAUCAGACCAGGGAGGUUAUGUGCACCAACAAGACCGGGAAAGCUGUUGAUUUGAGCUUUUGCCAGCAAGAGAAGCUCCCAAUGACUGUCCAAUCCUGUGUGAUCACCAAGGAGUGCCAGGUGUCCGAGUGGCUGGAAUGGAGCGCAUGCUCAGCAACGUGCCGUGAUACCGCAUCCCCCACAGGCACACGUGCUCGGACGCGAACCAUCAAGCAGUUUCCUAUUGGCAGUGAAAAGGAAUGUCCGGAACUUGAAGAAAAAGAACCGUGUGUGUCUCAAGGAGAUGGAGUCGCCCUCUGUGCCACGUAUGGCUGGAGAACAACUGAGUGGACCGAGUGCCGUGUGGACCCUUUGCUGAGCCAGCAGGACAAGAGGCGUGGGAACCAGACUGCCCUCUGUGGAGGAGGCGUCCAGACCCGAGAGGUAUACUGCGUGCAAACCAAUGAAAACCUCCUCGCACACUUAAAUACCCCCAAGGACAGAGAAGAAAGUAAAUAUCAGAGCUUGUCGAAGUCUAGUGCUGCACCUUUCCUAUCCAUCACUUUUGAAAUAACAGCCUCAAAACCAGUGGAUUCGAAAUUAUGCACCGGUCCAGUCCCUAAUACGACACAACUGUGCCACAUUCCUUGUCCAAUUGAAUGUGAGGUUUCACCUUGGUCUGCUUGGGGACCUUGUACUUAUGAAAACUGUGAUGACCAACAAGGCAAAAAAGGUUUCAAACUGAGGAAGCGGCGCAUUACCAAUGAGCCCACUGGAGGCUCCGGGGGUACCGGAAACUGCCCUCACUUACUGGAAGCCAUUCCUUGUGAAGAGCCAUCCUGCUAUGACUGGAAAGCAGUGAGGCUCGGAGACUGUGAGCCAGAUAAUGGAAAAGAGUGUGGUCCGGGCACUCAGGUUCAAGAAGUUGUGUGCAUCAACAGCGAUGGUGAAGAAGUGGACAGACAACUUUGCAGAGAUGCCAUCUUCCCCAUUCCGGUGGCCUGUGAUGCCCCAUGCCCCAAGGACUGUGUGCUCAGCACCUGGUCCACGUGGUCUUCCUGCUCACACACCUGCUCAGGAAAAACCACAGAAGGGAAACAGAUACGAGCCCGGUCCAUCCUGGCCUAUGCGGGUGAAGAAGGUGGAAUUCGCUGUCCAAACACCAGUGCUCUGCAAGAGGUGCGCAGCUGUAAUGAGCAUCCCUGCACCGUGUACCACUGGCAAACUGGUCCCUGGGGCCAAUGCAUAGAGGAUACCUCAGUGUCAUCUUUCAACACAACUACAGCUUGGAAUGGGGAGGCCUCGUGCUCUGUUGGCAUGCAGACAAGAAAAGUUAUCUGUGUACGAGUCAAUGUGGGCCAAGUGGGACCCAAAAAGUGUCCGGAAAGCCUUCGGCCUGAAACCGUGAGGCCUUGUCUGCUUCCUUGUAGGAAGGACUGUAUCAUGACUCCAUAUAGCGACUGGACACCAUGCCCCUCCUCCUGUAGAGAAGGUGACUUGGGAGUCAGGAAGCAGUCUCGGCUUCGGGUCAUCAUUCAGCUGCCAGCCAACGGAGGCCGGGACUGCACAGAUCCUCUCUAUGAAGAGAAGGCCUGCGAGGCCCCGCCAGUGUGUCAGAGCUACAGGUGGAAGACUCACAAAUGGCGCAGGUGCCAGUUAGUCCCUUGGAGCAUACAACAGGACAUCCCUGGAGCACAGGAAGGCUGUGGGCCUGGACGACAGGCAAGAGCCAUUACUUGUCGAAAGCAAGAUGGGGGACAGGCUGGCAUCCACGACUGCCUCCGGUAUGCAGGCCCUGUGCCAGCCCUCACACAAGCUUGCCAGAUCCCCUGCCAGGAUGACUGUCAGUUUACCAGCUGGUCCAAGUUUUCUUCAUGCAAUGGAGACUGUGGUGCAGUUAGGACCAGAAAGCGUACUAUUGUUGGAAAAAGUAAAAAGAAAGAGAAAUGUAAAAAUUCCCAUUUGUACCCCCUGAUUGAGACUCAGUAUUGUCCUUGUGACAAAUACAAUGCCCAGCCUGUGGGGAACUGGUCAGACUGCAUUUUACCAGAGGGGAAAGUGGAAGUGCUAUUGGGAAUGAAAAUACAAGGAGACAUCAAGGAAUGUGGACAAGGAUAUCGUUACCAAGCAAUGGCAUGCUACGAUCAAAAUGGAAGGCUAGUGGAAACAUCCAGAUGUAACAGCCAUGGGUACAUUGAAGAGGCCUGCAUCAUCCCCUGCCCCUCAGACUGCAAACUCAGCGAGUGGUCCAACUGGUCCCGCUGCAGUAAGUCCUGUGGCAGCGGUGUGAAGGUUCGUUCCAAAUGGCUGCGUGAAAAACCAUAUAAUGGAGGAAGACCUUGCCCCAAACUGGACCAUGUCAACCAGGCACAGGUAUACGAGGUUGUCCCAUGCCAUAGUGACUGCAACCAGUACAUAUGGGUCACAGAACCAUGGAGUGUCUGCAAGGUGACCUUCGUGGAUAUGCGGGAUAACUGUGGAGAGGGUGUGCAAACGAGAAAAGUGAGAUGCAUGCAGAAUACAGCAGAUGGACCUUCUGAACACGUGGAGGAUUACCUCUGUGACCCAGAAGAGAUGCCUCUGGGCUCCAGAGAGUGCAAAUUACCUUGCCCUGAGGACUGCGUAAUAUCUGAAUGGGGUCCAUGGACCCGUUGUGCUUUGCCUUGCAAUCAAAGCAGCUUCCGCCAAAGGUCAGCAGAUCCCAUCAGACAACCUGCUGAUGAAGGAAGAUCCUGCCCGAAUGCUGUGGAGAAGGAACCCUGCAACCUGAACAAAAACUGCUACCACUAUGAUUAUAAUGUAACAGACUGGAGUACAUGUCAGCUGAGUGAGAAGGCAGUUUGUGGAAAUGGCAUUAAAACAAGGAUGUUGGAUUGCGUUCGAAGUGAUGGCAAGUCAGUUGACCUGAAAUAUUGCGAAGAGCUGUCCUUGGAGAAGCACUGGCAGAUGAACGCAUCCUGUGUGGUGGAAUGCCCUGUGAACUGUCAGCUUUCAGAUUGGUCCUCUUGGUCAAAAUGUUCUCAAACAUGUGGCCUCACAGGAAAAAUGAUCCGAAGACGAACAGUGACCCAACCCUUUCAGGGUGAUGGAAGACCAUGCCCUUCCCUGAUGGAACAGUCCAAGCCUUGCCCAGUGAAGCCCUGUUAUCAGUGGCAAUAUGGCCAGUGGUCUCCAUGUCAAGUGCAGGAGGCUCAGUGUGGAGAAGGGACCAGAACAAGGAACAUUUCUUGUGUAGUGAGCGAUGGGUCAUCUGAUGACUUUGGCAAAGUAGUGGAUGAGGAAUUCUGUGCUGACAUUGAACCCACUAUAGAUGGUAGUAAAAAAAUGGUUCUGGAGGAAACCUGCACCCAGCCUUGCCCAGGUGACUGUUACUUGAAGGACUGGUCUCCAUGGAGCCUCUGUCAGCUGACCUGUGUGAAUGGUGAGGAUUUAGGCUUUGGUGGAAUACAGGUCCGAUCCAGAGCAGUGAUUAUACAAGAACUGGAGAAUCAACAUUUGUGCCCAGAGCAGAUGUUAGAAACAAAAUCAUGUGAUGAUGGACAGUGCUAUGAGUAUAAAUGGAUGGCCAGUGCUUGGAAAGGCUCUUCCCGAACAGUCUGGUGUCAAAGGUCAGAUGGGGUAAAUGUAACAGGGGGCUGCUUGGUGGUGAGCCAGCCUGAUGCUGAUAGGUCUUGUAACCCUCCGUGCAGUCAGCCUCACUCGUACUGCAGUGAGACAAAGGCAUGCCGCUGUGAAGAGGGGUACACUGAGGUCAUGUCUUCUAACAGCACACUCGAGCAGUGCACACUUAUCCCUGUGGUGGUGAUACCCACCAUGGAGGACAAGAGAGGAGACGUGAAAACCAGUCGGGCAGUGCAUCCAACCCAGCCUUCCAGCAACCCAGCAGGACGGGGCCGGACCUGGUUUCUGCAGCCAUUUGGACCAGAUGGGAGACUAAAGACCUGGGUUUAUGGUGUAGCUGCUGGGGCAUUUGUGUUACUCAUCUUUAUUGUCUCCAUGAUUUAUCUAGCUUGCAAAAAGCCAAAGAAACCCCAAAGAAGGCAAAACAACCGACUGAAACCUUUAACCUUAGCUUAUGAUGGAGAUGCAGACAUGUAACAUUUAACUUUUCUGGCAACAACCAGUUUUGGCUUUCUGACUUUGUUGUAGACAUCCAGAGGCUGCAACAACAAUAUCCAAACUAUGUGGAUUAUAAUUCAUUUUAACUUAAAAAAAAAAAAAAGAAAAUGAAAAUCAUACUGCCACUGAGCUAUU